CAGAAAUGGAAUGAUACAAGAUUGUCCUGGAAUAAAAGCGACUAUGGUGGAAUUAAUUAUAUGUUUGAAACUGAGAAAACGUUAUGGAGACCAUUGCUUUUUAUCGACAAUUCGGUUGGAACCAUGAGUAUGAUAGCUGAUGACAAUAUACUGCUACGAACCAAAUACACUGGAGAAAUAAUAUGGGAGCCUCCUGCCAUCUAUUCUACCCAUUGUGAAAUUCUCACCACCUACUACCCUUUUGAUGUCCAGGAGUGUUACGUGGAGCUCGUCAGCUGGGCCUAUACUAUUGAUGAAGUGGAACUCAAACACAUGGCUGAAGAGAUCAACUUGGAGGAUUAUAAGGUGAACGGAGAAUGGGAUUUAGUGAGCACUCGAUUGGACACCAACCAGUUAAUUGACGGCGACGAAAUUUUUUCUCAAUUGGAAUUUAUCCUCAAACUACGACGUCGAGCCACGUUUUAUGUUUUGAAUGUGAUACUUCCAAUUAUGGUCACGUCGUUCCUCAGUCUAUUGAUAUUUCUGCUGCCUCACGACUCUGGUGAAAAGAUUUCAUAUGCUCUUACCCUUCUCCUGGCCUAUGCUGUUUUGUUAACUCUAAUAUCUGAUAACAUGCCUUCAACAUCACAUCAUGUAUCCAUUCUGAGUAAGUUUCUUUUUCAUAUACCCCAUCGCCCUAUCUGA